AUGCGAAAUAUUAAAAACUUAUCAAUUAAUAUCAAAUCUUGUGAAAUUAAUGACGAAGUCAUUAUAAAUCUAUCAAAAUAUAUUUCAAGCAUUCAAAAUUUAGAAGAUUUAGAUUUGUAAAUCACUGAAAAUUGCGUUUUAAGCGAAAAUGCUUUAGAAUAAUUUUUUUUAGGCUUAUCCUAAUAAAAAAAUAUUGAAAAAUUAAAAAUGCAUAUCAUUUCAUUAAGUUCUCUAAAUCUUCAAAAUAAAUUUAUUGAAACUUUAAAAUUGGACUUCUAAUAUCUUUAUGGUUAAGAAGAUAGAUAUGAUAACAUAGGGAUUUCUCUCUAAAAUAUGAAAAACCUAAUAUAUUUAGAUUUGAAUAUAAGUUAAUAAGUAACAAGUAUUUGCUUAGAUGGGAUUGGAGAAUCUCUUACAAAUCUUAAAAAUAUAAAAACACUUAAAUUGUCUCUUUUGACUAAUUACACAUAUGUAGAUUCUUUUUAGAAAGGCAUAAAUUCUCUUUGUAAUUUGGAAAACCUUAAAUUGCAAAUCAGAAAAAGAGACUUAUAAAAAAAAAUAUAGUAAGAAUAAUCACAAUUACAAAAAGAAGUUGUUUGUAUUAAAAAUCUAAGUAAGUUGACGAUAUUUGAAUUAAAACUUAAUUCUAUGACAAAAUUUAUCUUUUUUCUUUAAACUGAAACCGAAGAUGAAUACAUUGAAGAUUUAUUUAGAGAGAUUAAGCACUUAGUUAAUCUUAAUUAACUAGUAUUAAAUGUAAUGCCUAGCUCUUUUAGCUUUGAUGCUUCAAAAAUACUCUCAGAUAGCCUAAACAAGUUAAAAUACUUAUAAAAAAUUACUCUUGGUAUAAUCACAUAAGAAAAAAUUACAUUAGAAACAGUAAAAAAUAUUAGAGAUGGAUUAAAAAAACACAAAAAUUUAAGUAUUUUGAAUGCUUAUCUAACUGAAGAUUUAUAAUAGGAAUAAGAAAAUUAUUAAUUGAAAAUGAUAAGAUAAAGGUUUCCAAUUGGAACCAAUUUGGUGAAAUUUGCUCAGUGUGCAAAUUUUUUAUUGUAAUUAUUAGAAGAAAAAUAAAAUGUUGAGAAUGCAAGCAAUUCAUAAUUUUUAUACGAAAAAUAGUUUCCAAUUGGAACCAAUUUGGUGAAAUUUGCUCAGUGUGCAAAUUUUUUAUUGUAAUUAUUAGAAGAAAAAUAAAAUGUUGAGAAUGCAAGCAAUUCAUAAUUUUUAUACGAAAAAUAGUGA